AUGCCGUUGUUUACCAAGGGCGAUGUGACUAUUCACUAUGACGAGGUUGGCUCCGGUUUCCCGCUGCUGGCGACCCCCGGCGGUGGAUUGAGCUCCAUUAUGAGCGGCUGGCCGCGCCAGGUGUUCAACGCCAUGGAGGUCUUUAAGGACGAUUUCCGCUGCAUCACCAUGGACCAGCGCAACGCCAAUGGCGGCGAGUCCACCGGACCGGUGCAGGUCGAAGACCCGUGGGGAGCUUUCGCCGAUGACCAACUGGCCCUGAUGGACCACCUGGGCAUCCAGGAGUUUGCGUUCAUUGGCUACUGCAUCGGCGGCCCCUUUGCCAUGAAGCUGAUUGAGCGGGCGCCGGACCGCGUUGCGGCUGCUGUCCUGUGUCAGCCGGUGGGACACGCCAGCAAGACCCCCUGA